CUAGUGUCGACGCACGCCUGCUGGACGCAUCUCGAGCUCACAUUGAGUCCCUGGGCGACAAGGCCGAAGACGCCUUCUACACUAUCGACCUGCAGCACGUUGCGAGUCAAUAUCGACGCAUGGUGACGCAUCUUCCGCGUGUGCUUCCCUUCUAUACCGUCAAGUGCCACCCGGACACGCACGUCUUGGCGCUGCUAGCUAAACUCGGUGCUGGCGUGGAUUGCGAGUCAAUCGGAAGUGGCGAUGUCACUAAGCCACGGAGUACCGCCUGAGCGCAUCAUCUUCGCCAACACGAUGAAGCAGCGCUCGCACUUGCGCUUUGCUCGCGAGCACAACGUGCCUCUCACGGUAUUCGACUCGAUGGACGAGCUUGUCAAGAUUAAGCGCGAGUUUCCCGAGGCGAAGCUGGUGUUGCGUCUACAAGUCGACGACUCCAAGGCGCGUCAUCAAUUCGGACCAAAAUUCGGUACUCCAAUGGCUGACGUCCCGGCACUACUGGAGACAGCAAAGAGCCAAGAACUUAACGUCAUUGGCGUGUGUUUCCAUGUCGGUGUCGGUGUCGGUGUCGGUGUUCUAGAAGCAAGUGCGUUUGUUGACGCGAUUGAACGUGCCAAGCAAGCGUUCACCAUGGGUCUGAACGCAGGAUACAAGUUUACACUACUGAAUCUUGGCGGUGGCUUCGCUGGUGACGACCUGGGGCCUGUCACUUUUGAAGCUGCAGCACGAGCUAUAAACGGUGUGCUAGAUCAACUCUUUCCCGAAAGCAGCGGGGUGAAAAUCAUCUCCGAACCGGGAAGAUAUUUUGUGUCAGCGUGCGCCACUCUCAGCGUCAACGUAAUCGGGAGAAAGGUGGAUCCAGAGCUCACCGUGAGUGCACAAUCUUCCGCGGAAGGAAACGCUGAUCUGCCACGUUACAUGUACGUAGUGAACGACGGCAGACACGGAUCUUUCAGUACGCCACACUUGUGUGUGGUGUCUACUCCCGUAGUACUGAAAACAGCCAACGCUGAUGAGUCGAAAGCUGUGCCGUGCAGUGUGUGGGUUGGUGACUGGAUCGCAUUUCCCAGCAUGGGAGCCUACAGCUUCGCGACAGGCUCCACCUUUAACGGAUUCUCACUACACGGAGAGCUUCGAGUAAAACCCACAGAAAAAAGCUUAUUUAAAGCCACAAAUAACUUUCGUGUGACCUAA